UUCGCGCGGACCCUUACAAUCAAUAACUUUUCAGGUUGUCAACUUCAUACAAUACAGAUUCAAGCAUCUGCGCCAUCACAUUACUAUAACAUCGCAAACCGAAGCUCCCGUGUUUCUUUUUUUCUUCUUUUCUUUUUUCUUCUUUUCUUUUUUCUUCUUCUAAUAAUCGGAUGCGCUAAAGUGAAGAGGUGUCGGCCCACAGUCUGCGAAAGCUACGAAGCUUUCGACAAGUUUUCAAAGCGUAGCUCCCAGCCACUUGCAACUCGAGUUUCAUUAUAAGAUUUCGACCAUAUAUUCCCGACGUUGCAAAAGCGACACGAAUACAAUGGCUACUUCAGUUGUCCCAGAAGAUAGGGUCAGGGAAGAGAGAUCCAAUAACCGCGUACCUACUUCUCCACGCCGCCGUUCCUCUAAUACUGGAAAACAGCCGGACCGUGAAUUUCGAGGCAGAGAUAUGGCUGUAGUCAAGGAAAGAUCCGAGGAAGAAAAACAAGCAUCUGCGAAGGCUGAAUAUGAGAAACUUCUUACGAUGCGAUCUGGUGGUACCUAUAUCCCACCUGCACGCUUGCGAGCCCUACAAUCUCAGAUCACAGACAAAACGAGCAAAGAAUAUCAACGAAUGGCAUGGGAAGCACUGAAGAAGUCGAUAAAUGGCUUAAUCAACAAGGUCAAUGUAUCAAACAUCAAGCACAUUGUGCCAGAAUUAUUUGGAGAAAAUUUGAUCAGAGGUCGAGGGUUAUUCUGCAGGAGUAUUAUGAAGGCUCAGGCUGCCAGUUUACCAUUCACACCGAUAUAUGCCGCAAUGGUUGCAAUUGUCAAUACAAAACUUCCGCAAAUUGGAGAGCUUCUCUUAAAGCGCCUCAUAGUGCAGUUUAAGAAAGGGUUCAAAAGAAACGACAAGGCUGUGUGUCUUUCUGCCACCACAUUCAUCGCCCAUCUUUGUAACCAACAAGUAGCAAAUGAGGUAGUUGGAGCCCAAAUCUUGUUACUACUUCUCAAUAAGCCCACGGAUGACAGUGUUGAAAUUGCGGUUGGGUUAACGCGGGAGGUUGGCCAACAUCUGGAAGAGAUGAGUGGACCUAUCGCUCUAGCAGUGUUCGAUCAGUUCAGGAAUAUUUUAAAUGAGGCAGAUAUCGAUAAACGGGUACAAUAUAUGAUUGAAGUUCUCUUUCAAGUUCGAAAAGACAAAUACAAAGACAAUCCUGCGGUCAAGGAAGAGCUGGAUCUUGUGGAGGAGGAAGAUCAAAUCACACACCGCAUAGCCUUGGAUGAUGAUAUUGAUGUCCAGGAUGGACUCAAUAUUUUUAAAUUUGAUCCUGAAUGGGAACAAAACGAAGAAUUAUACAAGCAACUCAAAGCGGAAAUUCUUGGGGAGGGAAGUGAUGACGAGGACGACGAGGAUGAGGAAGAUGAUAGCGAGGAGGACGAAGAAAAGAAGGAAGAAAAGGCUUUAGAGAUCAAGGACCAGAGUAAUACAGACCUCGUGAAUUUACGAAGGACUAUAUACUUAACCAUCAUGUCAAGUAUCGACCCUGAAGAAUGUUGCCACAAGCUGAUGAAAGUCACACUACCGCCUGGCCAGGAGACUGAACUUCCUUCCAUGGUCAUUGAAUGUUGCUCCCAAGAGAGAACGUAUUCGAAGUUCUAUGGCCUUAUAGGGGAGCGGUUUGCAAAGAUAAAUCGUCUCUGGACUGACCUUUUCGAGCAAUCAUUUGCCAAGUAUUAUGAUACUAUCCAUCGUUACGAAACAAACAGGCUACGAAAUAUUGCGAGAUUUUUCGGACACCUUCUUAGCUCAGACGCUCUUGGCUGGCAUGUCUUGUCCAUCGUACAUCUCAACGAAGAAGAGACAACAUCGAGCAGUCGUAUCUUUAUUAAGAUUCUUUUCCAGGAUCUGUCGGAAGCAAUGGGAAUGGCGAAAUUGCAAGCCCGCUUGAAGGAUGAUAUUCUGCGACCUUAUUUUGAAGGAUUAUUUCCCCAUGAUAACCCUCGCAACACAAGGUUCUCCAUCAACUACUUCACAAGUAUUGGUAUGGGUGCUAUCACGGAAGAGAUGCGUGAAUACCUUCAGAACAUGCCAAAACCAACACUACCAACAUUACCGGCGGCUCCAGACGAUACUGCAUCGGACUCGGAAAGCUCUGUUUCGAGCUAUUCAUCUUAUACGGGAUCGUCUUAUUCGCGAUCUCGCUCGCCAUCUCAAACUCGUGGUCUAGACAGAAGACAUUCAGUAUCUAGGACACCACCGCGUACUGCCAAACGGAAGGAAAUUAGAAGAGGGCGGAGUUUGACGCGAUCUCUUUCUAGGUCAAUCACACCACCUCGUCAGCGCGGGAGACCAGCUUCAAUAUCCAUAACAAAUCCACGUCGAGGACGCAAAGAUUCGAGCCUCUCCAGGUCGAGAUCCAGAUCCCCUUCACCAUAUCCUCAACGAACAAGGCGCCGAGAUAGCUUCUCGGAAACUCCACCGAGAAGGAACAGAUCUUUAAGCGAAUCAAGGUCACCUCCGAGAAGAAAAGCUGGGAGGAGAAACACGUCUUCCGUCAGCGCAGGCCCUCGAAAACGCCAAGGUUCAAGCAUUUCAAGAUCUCCCUCGCCUCGAAGGCGUGCCGGAAGAGACAGAUUUUCCAGGUCACCGCCUCCCAAAACAUCUCUGCGGAACGAUAGCUACUCAAGAUCUCCAAGCCCGCAACGAAAUACACGUAGAGUCAGCAGAUCUAUCUCCCCACCACCCAAACGAAGACGCGACUACAGUAUUUCUAAAUCUCCACCACCAAAGCGAGGCCGGAGAUAUGAUUAGUCGGUAAAGAAUGAAAAUUAGGAUUGUAAUUAUAGUGUUGGCGAUAGUGUCACACAAUUUGAGCAAGCGUAACUUGCCAUAAGUUUGAGAGGAUAUCAAUUCGCAUUUGUUUCAUUCAAC